UCUUUUUUUUGUUUUUGGAGUUUAGCGAUAAAAGCCUCCCGCGAUCGCCGUUCGAGACGAAGAUCGUGAUAUUAAAGGCUAUAUUUCGUACAGCACGUGCACGCGUAUCUGGAGAGCUCCUCCCCCCUGGGUGUACACCAAAGUCGAUAUACUCGUAUACAUUUUUUUCUUCUUUUUUUUUUGUUUUCGCCUUGGGUUACACAAUAACUCUAUAAUAGGACCGUGUGUGCCUUCUUUUCAUAUAUAUAUCUAUAGUCGAUCGGGCGAUCAUCGCACUUGCACCGCAACGCACACGUAUAAAGACAGACACAGACACUCACACACAUACACGUGUGUGCGCCCGCAAACAACGAGUGCGCGAGAUUAGACAAACUGCAGAUAGAGAGAGAGAGAGAGAGAGAGAGAGAACAGUGAGCCGCCGAUACUACAUGUGAAAAAAAUUGGAUAAUCAUCGGAUCCCAUCGAGAGAGCAACAAAGUGCGAGGCAUAUAACCAGAGAAGCAGCAGCGCAGCGAUUAUAAAUCAUGGCACUGGGAUCACAAGUGGAAGGUGAGGUCGAGUCGACGACCAACAGUAGUGGCAGCGGCAGCAGCAGUAGUGCCAGUAGCACUGCACCCACUGCGACAGCCAACAAUCGCAGCAGCAGCAACAGCAGCAAUAACCAAACUAUGACCACGACGAAUUCAACGACGUCGUCCUCGUCGAAGACAGUCGCCGCCGCCGCAGCUGCAGCUAACGCAGCACCGGCCGCCGUAGCUGCGACUGCCAACGGCGACGAUGCUCGUGCCGCUCAAACCGAGGCAACGAGAUCAAAGCAAAAUGGUAGCAACAACCAGCAGCAGCAGGAAAACGUGCUGGAAAAGGGCGAAGUCGAGGCCACCAAAGAGGGCGAGAAGGAGAACAAAGACAAAGACGGCGCGGACGGCGGCGACGACACCAACAAAGACAAGGACAACAGCAGCGACCAGGAGGUCGUGUUCAUCCAGGACAUGGGCUUCACCGUGAAGAUCUGCAGCCCGCACUCGGAGCCCUUUCACAUUCAGGUCUCGAGCAUGGAACUCGUCCAGGAGAUCCAUCAGCUGCUGAUGGACCGCGAGGACACGUGCCAUCGCACCUGCUUCUCGCUCCAGCUCGACGGCAACACCCUGGACAAUUUCGCCGAGCUCAAGAACAUCGAGGGCCUCAAGGAGGGCUCGGAGAUCAAGGUGGUGGAGGAGCCCUACACGAUGCGAGAGGCGCGCAUACACGUGAGACACGUGCGCGACCUCCUCAAAAGCGUCGACCCGGCGGACGCCUAUAACGGCGUGGAGUGCAGCUCGCUGUCGUUCCUCAACGUCGUCACGAACGGCGACAUACUCGAGAAGAAGAGUAAGAGCCGCGCCGACUCGGUGGACUGCACGCCGCCCGACUACAUACUGCCCGGCGGCGCAGGCGCAGGUCGCGAGAGGCCGCUGCUGCCGCUGCAGCCCCAGGCCAAGGAGCAGAGGUGUCCGCCCUGCCUCAAGGUGCUCACCACCAGCAGCUGGAAUCCGCCGCCCGGCUAUCGCAAGCUCCACGGCGAUCUCAUGUAUCUGCACGUGGUGACCCUCGAGGACAAGCAGUUCUACCUGACCGCGUGCGCCCGAGGCUUCUUCGUCAAUCAGUCGACCAAGGAGACGUUCAACCCGAAGCCCUCGGUGCCCUGCCACCUCUGUCACAGUCUCAUCGAUCUGCUCAACUACCUGAGUCCGGCCUUUAAGCGCGGCUUCGCCGCCAUGCAGCGCAGGCGCACCCAGCGCCAUCCGUUCGAGCGCGUCGCCACCCCGUAUCAGCUGUACGCCUGGUGCGCGCCCCAGAUCGAGCACACCGUCGACGCCAUCCGCGCCGAGGACACGUUCUCGUCCAAGCUCGGCUACGAGGAGCACAUACCCGGCCAGACGCGCGACUGGAACGAGGAGCUGCAGACCACCCGCGAGCUGCCGCGCAAAAAUCUGCCCGAGCGACUGUUGCGCGAGCGCGCCAUCUUCAAGGUGCACAGCGACUUCGUGGCGGCGGCGACGCGCGGCGCCGUCGCCGUGAUCGACGGCAACGUCAUGGCCAUCAAUCCCGGCGAGGAGCCCAAGAUGCAGAUGUUCAUCUGGAACAACAUCUUCUUCUCGCUGGGCUUCGACGUGCGCGACCAUUACAAGGAGCUGGGCGGCGACGCGGCGGCCUUCGUGGCGCCGCGCAACGAUCUGCAGGGCGUGCGCGUCUACGCGGCGGCGGAUCUGCCCGGCCUCUACACCCUCGGCACGGUGGUGAUCGAUUAUCGCGGCUAUCGCGUCACCGCCCAGUCCAUCAUACCCGGCAUACUGGAGCGCGAGCAGGAGCAGUCGGUCGUUUACGGCUCCAUCGAUUUCGGCAAGACCGUGCUCACUCAUCCCAAGUACUUGGAAUUGUUGAGCAAAGUCGGCCACCAGCUGAAGAUAUUGCCGCACAAGGUCGUCAACGACGCCGGCGAGGAGAUCGAGCUCUGCAGCAGCGUCGAGUGCAAAGGCAUCAUCGGCAACGAUUCCCGGCACUACGUUCUCGACUUGCUGCGCACCUCGCCUCCGGACGUAAAUUUCCUCAAGAUCGAAGGCUUGGAGCUGAGCGAGGCGUCCAGAGCGUUGGGCUUCCCCAUCGAGCACAAGCACAAGCUGUGCUGCCUUCGCCAGGAGCUGAUCGACAAUUUCGUCGAGGCCAAGUACGUGCAGUUCAUCAAGCACGCCGCGGUCAGUCUGCAGAAGAUGGCCAAGCGUCUGCCCGACAAGUCCAACAAGGACGAGAAGAAAGAGAUCGAGCCGGAGAAAAAGGAGAGUACCGUCGUCGACAGCAACAAGGCGGACUCCUCGGCGCAAGCCAGAAUCGAGGCCGAAGCGGCCAAAAAGGUCUUGCAGGACAUGAACAACACAUGCGGUGAGGAAAAAAAGCAUAAAAACACAUGGGAGAUCGUGAAAAGAGUGGCUGCCGCAAUGUUUAGAGAGAAAUUCGACAAUAAAUUCAAUAUAAAAAAUUUUGAAUUUCUAGCCGAGGAAAGCACAAAGGAAAUCGUACAAAAAGCGGCUGCCGCAGUCGGUAGCUUGAAAGAGACUGAGUUCGACAUUAAAUUCAAUCCGGACGUCUUCUCGCCCGGCGUCACUCACGUCGACCCGGAAGGCCCGGACUUCAAAAAACAGAAAGAUCUCGUCAGAGACGCGGCUGAAUUUUUACUCACCGCUCAGCUUCCAGCUUUCAUUCGCGAAUGUCUGGACCACACGCCGGCCGCCAUGGACGGCGGCACCCUGAUCGAGGCGCUGCACGGCCGCGGCAUCAACGUGCGCUACCUCGGCAAGCUCGCCAACAUGCUGUCGAGCAAGCCCACCCUGCAGUACCUGCACCGUAUCUGCGUGUCGGAGCUGCUGCUGCGCUCGGCCAAGCACAUCUUCACCACGUACAUGCAGGGCACCGAGCUGAUGUGCCUCACCGCCGCCGUCAGUCACUUCCUCAACUGCUUCCUGUCCUCGGCCCAGCUCAACAAUCCCCAGCAGAAUCUCGAGGAGCUGCAGAGCAAGACGGCGAAGCGGCGCAACAAGCGCAAGGGCGGCGGCGUGCCCGAGCCCGACAACGAGUGGGCCCUGCUCACGCCCAAGUCGCUCUGGCAGCAGAUCCGGGCCGAUCUCAAGGCCUACUACGACUGGGAGAGUCCCGUAUCCGAGUCCAUCGACGUCGCCAUCGAGUUCUUCAAUCUGCAAAAGAUCACGCUGCUGCGCGCCUUCUGCAUCAAGACCGGCAUCCAGAUAAUGCUCAGGGAGUACGUAUUCGACAACAGGAAUCGCGCCACCUUCUUCGAGGAGGACAUACUGAACAUCUUCCCGGUCGUCAAACACAUUAAUCCACGCGCUACCGACGCGUACAACUUCUACACAACCGGCCAGAACAAAAUCCAGCAGGGCUACCUGAAGGACGGCUACGAGCUCAUCAACGAGGCGCUCAAUCUCCUCAACAACGUCUACGGCGCGAUGCAUCCGGAGAUCGCCCAGUGCUUGAGAAUGCUCGCGCGACUGAACUACAUCAUGGGAGAUCACGCCGAGGCUCUCGCGACCCAACAGAAGGCCGUGCUCAUGUCCGAGCGCGUCAACGGAAUCGAUCAUCCGUACACCAUCACCGAAUACAUACAUCUGGCUCUGUAUUCGUUCUCCAAUGGACAAGUGUCGGCGUCUCUGAGGCUUUUGUACAGAGCGCGGUAUCUCGCUUUGCUCGUCUGCAGCGAGGAUCAUCCUGAAAUUGCCCUGCUCGACAGCAACAUCUCCCUGAUAUUGCACGCGGUCGGCGAGUACGAGCUCGCGCUGCGCUUCAGCGAGCACGCGCUGCGCCUGAGCAACCGCUACUUCGGCGGCCGCUCGCUCAAGGCCGCCCUGGCCCAUCAUCUGGUGGCGCGCGUGCGCAACUGCAUGGGCGACUUCCGCGGCGCCCUGAACAACGAGAAGGAGACCUUCUCGAUCUACAAGCAGGUGCUGGGCGAGACGCACGAGAAGACGCGCGAGUCCAGCGAGUGCCUGCGCCACCUCACCCAGCAGGCCGUCGUCCUCCAGAAGAAGAUGAACGAGAUCUACACGGGCAAGACCGGCGUCAGUCUGCCGCCGAUACAGGUGCAAGCCACCUGCAUGGGCACCGUCCUGGACUGUCUCAACAGCGUCAACGGCAUCGUGUUCGUGCAGGUGAGCCCCGCCGACAUCGAGAACUUCAAGGCGGAGAUCGCCAAGCGCCAGCCCGGCGCCACCGUGACGAGCCUGAUCGACCCCGAGGCCAGUGGCGGUGAUGAGUCCGCCGACCCGGCCGACAACCCGGCAAUCGAGAACGGCAGCAGCAACGACGUCGACGCCAGCAGCAGCAGCAGCAGCGUCAAGGAGACGGCGACCGAAAAGAAGCAGCAACAACAGCAGGAGCUCACGACCCAGAGCUGAAUUAAAAAUUUAUCGUACUACGCGAAGCAGCCGCUGCUCGUUGUGCUCGUCGACGAGCGUGCAGCCUAAACUCAACUGUUAUUAUAUACUAAAUGUGCCGUCGAUGAGACGAAAAAAAAACCGAUCGGCUCGCGGGUGCGUUCAAUCUUGCGUUUUUACUACUUUACUAUAUUAUGAUUAAUUAUAACGGAUAAGAAUGAUGAAAUUAAUAAUAUCGAUACGCAUACAAAGUUACAUGAAAUUGUUUUGUAUGAUACGGAAUGAUGGGACAGUCGAAGUCAACCAUCUAUUUUCUCGUAAUCUUUUUUUUUCUUUUUUCUUUCAUAAUCUGAGCAAAGCCAAUGUUACGUUGACUUAUCGAUGAUUUCAGAAAGUAAUUGCACUCUUUCGUGAAAAACAAUAACCGCCUGUUAGUUGAGAUUUUUUAAUGCAACAACAAUUUUCAAACUUAUUGUAAGAUUGACGACGAUAUGUUGACGAAGAGAGAAAAAUCAACGACGUUUUUACAUAAAAAAAAAAAAAAAAUGAGAGUAACGUGUUGCUAGUUUACAAUACUGAGCCUGUGACUGCAACGUUAGUCGCGAGGCUAUGGGAAUUUCAACGAAGUAUGUAUAUUCCGAGAUUUGAUGUGAAAAUUCUCGGUGCCUUGAAUGAGAAUCAAUUGAAUAUGAUGAUGAUCGUUAAGUUUUUUCUAAUAAUUGCAUAUAUUAAUGAACUUAUUGAAUGUUUCUUAUUUCUAUUAAUCUCGCGCAAAUCAAAUUGCACUUUGAGACUCAAAGUGUUAUUAUUGAUAUAAAUACUCAAAGUAGUUCGUUUGAACUAUUGAUUGUUGAAUUCUCUGCAAGUGAUUGUUAUUUGUUGAAAAUUACCCGAGCUUAUCACGGAAAGAGUAGAGUAUAAACUCGAUAUUUUUUAUCGUUUUCAACUGAACUUUCAAGCCAACUAAACAUAAAUAAUCAUUUUCUUGUCUUGUACAAUUAACUUUCUUGGCGUAUCUUUGAAAGUUUUUUUCAAAACGCAUGUCAUCGUUGUGCAUGAGACUGUUAGGUCGAACAAAUGAAACGUUGAGCGAUUCUUGCGUACAUGUAAUUAUACGAAGAAAAAAAUUAUUUUAAUAAUUCCCAACGUGGCGAACAAAGUUGUAUAUUAAAUCACAUUCUCAUAAUGAAUCAUGAGCUAUGUACCGUUCCUUUCUUUUCUUUACAAAGGAAAUUUUGUUACUAAUUUAUGAAUGCGAAUGAGGGUGUACGUUGCGCGCUAUAAAUAUAGUGUAUAAAAAAAAAAUUAUCAAUUACUCAUACGUGACGAAAUCGAAUUAAGUUAAUUCGGAAAAGACUGUGCAUAUUAAAGAUAAUUUGAUAACUAAAAACCAAAAUGCAUAAAAUGAAAUUAAAGAAAAAAAAUUAAAUCAAUUUAAAAAACACCGAUUAAAGCUUGAAUUGAGCGUUAAUAGAAAUUACGAUAAUAUCACAUUAUUAUUUCCUAAUAAUGCAAUAAGUUAUUAUUAUGUAGAAAAACACCAAAAGUGCUUCCUAUAAUUCUGCCUGAUUAAUAUUUUUCGAAUGGUAAAUUAGUACCAUCUCAUUGUUUUAUUUUAAUAGUUUUAGUUCUUUUCUUAGUUCUAAUUCUAUUUUUGCGAUUUCCUAGACAGAGUUUGAAUGUUUUAGUUUUUUUUAUCUCUAAGUUGUUGAAUUAAUUCGAAUAAUAUAUAUAAAAAUAUAUAUACAUAAAAU